AUGGGGUUUGUGCAGUCACACUAUGUUUAUUCUUUGUUUACACAGAAGAAGGAACGAGAGUUGGUCAUUGUUCUUGUUUAUGUUGAUGACCUCUUGCUCACUGGUAGUUACUUUGCACUCAUUCAGCAAGUUAGAAAGGAUCUUCAGAGCAAGUUCAAGAUGAAGGAUUUGGGAGAGCUGAAAUAUUUCUUGGAAUUUGACAGAGCUGUAAACAAUAAGACAAAUGCUAAUGAUCACCAACUUGAGGACAAAGGUGGUUAUCAGAGGAUUGUUAGCAGGCUACUAUACUUAACUAUGAUCAGGCCAGACAUAAUAUUUGUUGUUAAAGUACUCAGUCAAUAUAUGCAUGCACUAAAGCAAUCUCAUUUGGAAGCAGCUAUGAGAGUGGUCAGAUACAUUAAGAAUGCACCUGGACUUGGCCUCAUUGUGCCAACUGACAAUACUUUGAAGAUAGCAGCCUACUGUGAUUCUGACUGGAGAGCUUGUGUUGAGACACGGAAGUCAAUUACUGGCUAUGCAAUAAAGUUUGGUGAUGCCUUAAUCUCGUGGAAGUCUAAGAAACAAGAAACUAUGUCCAGAAGUUCUGCUGAAGCUGAGUUUAGAAGUAUGGCUGCCAAUGUGGCAAAAAUUAUAUGGAUGAUUGGUCUAUUCAAGGAGUUGGGAUCAGAGGUACAUGUACCAGUUAGGUUGUUUUUGACAGUAAAGCUGCUAUUCAGAUUGCAGCUAAUCCUAUCUUUCAUAAAAGAACAAAACAUAUAG